CUAACGUAGUUCCAGCUACAUAAAAUCGGCGAUCGUAGGGACUUGAUAACGCUGUUAACCUAUCGUUGAUCAAAUCGUGAGGGAUCAGCUUUUGUGAUAUCUUAAACUGUAAUCAUGUGGCAUGCGAUCGGACUUGCCGUCGCCUGGUUAUCUUGCAUCUCCGGUUCAAAAUGCAGCCAGAAACCUCUGAGAAUUUUUGGGUGUUUUGCUCUUUCCCCCCACCCCUUCAUCCCAUCCCUUCUCUUAUAUCUUCCUCAUCUUCUUUCUUCUUCAUUCAUCUAACAACAUAAAGCUCAGCAAUAUCUCACAUUCGCUUAAGGACUUACACAUUGUUUCAAGCUCCCGCGUAUCCUAGAUACUAAUCUUUUUGUUUACGAACAUUCGUUCCCGGCUUACUUACAGUAGCUUUUCAGGUGCUCGACUAAGUACUUGGUCCAAUAGGUACCUAUACCUCUCCCAAUAGGUCAUACGAAUACUUGACUCCCAAUGACAUUCAGGGUGGUAUUUCCAUGGAUGUAGUUCAGCAUUCUCCUGAGCCACCAGGGGACUUUUUAGCAGUAUUCAUAUCCGAGCCAGACAGUCCAUAUAUCGAGAAGGCAGAACCAUAUAUAUGCGAAACUUGCCGCGGGCAUGAGCAAGUUACAUUUUGCACAGAAUGCGGAUUGCUUUUGUGUCCCAACCAUUGGUUAGAACAAGGUGCUCAUAGACCGGGAAGGGGCAUCAAUCAUGAGAAGUCAGACCCUCGAGAUGCCAAAAUCGUCUAUCAGAUUCUUAAGUAUCCGCUUCCUUCCAUUCUUGGCACAACGCCUAGGGAAGAGUCUAUUCAAUUAGACAGUUCAAAGAACAUGUGGUUUGGCGUCACCAAAAAUGAGAAAAAUGACUAUAUGUUAGGUGAAGGGUCAGCUUAUCAUUCUUUGCUGUUAGAAGAUUCAUUCAUCAAUCCUCUAAGCACACAUCCCUGCAUGGUUUCAUUUGUGGGUGACACAGGCGUUGGCAAAAGCGCUCUCAUAAAUUUACUCAUCAAAUUCUCUGCCCAUGAUCGUGAGCAAGCGACCCCCAUUGUUGGUAAACGAGAUAACUACCAUUCUACAUCUGCAGACGUGCACUUGUAUAAUGACCCUUCCACCAUCUAUUCUCCGGAUCCUUUACUAUAUGCGGACUGUGAGGGGAUGCAUGGCGGUGAAAAUCCCAUAGCAGCCGCUAGUAAUGAAGCAGAAGCAAAUCGGCAACGGCUAACCGAAUUCAAGCCCAGAAAGGUUGAGUGGGAAGGUUCCAGAGAUGACACCAAAGGUCGGCAAGGCAUCGCCUCAAACCUCUACCCACGAAUUCUCUACAUCUUUUCAGACGUAAUUAUCUACGUCAUAGAGAAUAGACGGCGCCACGUUGAUGCUUUUUACGACCUUAUCAAUUGGGCACACUACGCAAUGGAGCAAUCUUAUAACAAACCCGUCUUACCACACGUAGUUCUGGCUUUUAACAGGAGUGAAGAUGAUGUUGAGCUAGAAAACGAAGACAGUGAAAGAGCCACGAGAUCUAUGAUGGAUAAUGUCAGGGGGAUCUACGAGGAGCCCAAAUUCCGCCCCUUUCUUGAAUACUGGAACAAGAAGAACAAGAAGUAUAUGGAUAAUCCCCAAACAGAAGUGCCGAUUAUCAAUUCCGGAGAGGCACUUUUAAGAUGCUACUACGCCAAGAUCACAGUGGUACACUUCUCUAAUCAAAAAAAGCCGACUAGACUGCGCAAACAGACCGAAGGACUUUACAGAGUGGUGAAAACCGCCUGUGAAGAAUCACACCAAAAAAGAGCAGCGGUUGGCAUGAAGAUGAAUGCCGCAAAACUGCCUCUUUACGUACGAACGGCCUUAAACCAGUUUGGUUCCAGCCUUGAUAAACCAUUCGAUUUCAGCGAAGCUUGGUUUGAACUCAACCCUGUUUCAUUUGAAUUCAGCAGCACGAUCUUCACUUUAGCUAAGCUUAUACGAGACCUCGGUAAGCUCAACGGUAUGAGACUUUGGUGCAAGCUUGGCGAUUUUGUGGCUUCGUGUUUUUACUUGAACAUCUAUAGGAACAAUAUGAUAGGCGUGAAUGAAAAUUCGUUGCGCCGACUAUGGCCUGAAUGUAAAAAAGCUGCAGGUCUCUUCUGGCAUAAAUUCUGGCCAUGCACAAAAACCAGCGAUGUUGGUAGCUGGCCUUGUUCAAAUGGACCAGACGGUCAUCAAAACCAUCAAUACAAAAAUGGCAAGGGCCAUGAUCCGGGAAAGCACUCAUCCAGUCAUUCUGAAGAGGAUUUUCUCGCAGAACUAGAAGGUAUAAUUGGAAAGAGGCUGGAAGACCUAAUGAAAAGCUUUAGCACUAAUGAGAUGCGUCAGCGUUCUGACUCUAUCAGCAGAGCCUCGGAAAUCCACCAACAAAACGUCAACAAGUUUUAUGGGGAGAUGGAAGGCAUCGAUCAUUGUAUCAGCCACUCUGCCUGCCUUUGGUGCUUAGAUCAAAUACCUGAACAUCCACUUCCAUGCGGGCACGUCAUUUGUAGCUCAUGCCUAAUGGCUGUUGCUAAGCCUUUGGGAAGAGGGGGCUUUUUCUGGCUGGAGUCCUGCCCUCUCGCCAGCCAUAAGUCUUGGGAGAAGCCAUGGAUUGGUGUGAUAAAGCCAAACCAAGCUGGUAUACGGAUGAUGUCAUUAGAUGGGGGUGGAAUACGAGGCGUCAUGGAAUUGGAAAUAUUGAUGAAAAUUCAAAAAAGCCUAGGUGGAAUCCCUAUAAGUGAGUUCUUUGACUUGCUUGUAGGUACCAGUGCUGGAGGGAUCAUUGCUUUAGGACUGGGUCCCGGAGGAAUGGGCGUCGAGAAAUGCAAGGAAAUGUUUGAAGAAUUCUCCAAGAAAGCAUUCUCGACCCCUCGGUUGUCGAAGCUUCCAUUGAUUGGUCGAAUCAGUCAAUUCUUCUUUUGGGGAUGGAACCGUGGAAAAUUCCAGACCGAGCCGUUAGAGACGGCUUUCAAGGACGUGUUCGCCACAGAUUUACUGUUUGGAGGCACCAAGGAUCACAACAAUGUUCCUCUAAAGGUGGCGGUUACCACCACAACCCAGCGAGGUCGAGUUGUAGUUUUAAGUAACUAUAACCGAAAAUCUACGGAAAUCCCAUUAUACCAUUUUCAGCGCCCUGAAUUACCAAAAAAGGAAAUCUUACUAUGGGAAGCUGCAAGAGCAACAUCUGCUGCGCCCCUUGCUUUUGAACCGUUCUCUCACACACUAUCUGGUCAAAAAUAUGUGGAUGGUGCACUUUAUCAUAACAACCCAGUCAUCAUUGCAGACAUUGAGGGCAAAGCGAUAUGGCCAGACAGCCGAGUUACUCGUCCCGAUAUCUUGCUAUCUCUUGGGACAGGGUCCGAAAGGCGUGAUUCGAAAACUUCUUCUUCUAUUGAUACAUCACAAGUGCUGAGAAGUACGGAACUCACAGAGGACCUUACAACGCGCCCGUAUUUCAUGGAGUUAGCGAGAUUCGGCUACGACCAUCUUAUGAACAGUAUGGAUUGUGACCAGAUAUGGCAUCAGUGGCUCCAAAUACGGUCUCCGGAUACGCCUGACAAACAGCGGUACCGCCGAAUCAAUGUGACACUGGAUGAUCCGAUCCAAUUGGAUGCUUUCAACAAAAUAGAUAAGUGUUGCGAAGCAGUCGAAAAAUGGUACGACGAAAGCGACGCCGAAAUCCAGAAUAUCGCGGAUCAAUUGAUAGCAUCUUGUUUCUUCUAUCGUUUUGACCAAAGCGAUAUCAAGAAGAUUCGUAGGAAUGGGGAAUAUGAGUGUAUUGGCACAAUUGAGUGUCGAUUAUUACCCGGGAAGGGCAACAGCCUUUCAAAGCUAGGGAAUGUAUUGAAGGGAUUCCAACAACAGUCUUGUUCUCCAAAAUUUGUCAUUCAAGAAGCACAUAACCCAAAGCAAGAUUUCGUUAUAAUUUCAGACGAAACCUUGUCAAACAUGAUAGAAAACGGUGAAUUCCUUCUUCAACAUACUAUUAGAAUUUCGCACGAACUUGCCGAAACUGAGGUCUUGAUGGUACUUCACAAAGAGAAGCAAUUAAAGAAAGAACUAUUUCCUAUUAGCGGAUUCCCGAGGAAGCUACAGGAAGAUCAUCAAGUUGUCCAAGAAGACACCAGUCUGAAUUUUAUAGGUUCGAGAAGUUUGAGGUUUUUGGGGGUAGAAUUCCGAGAAUUGGUUGGCCAACGAUUCCACCGUCUAAAUUUCCUCCACCUUAGGCGUUGAUCUUCCCGUCCGCGAUAGUCUACUUGCAGGUUUGUAAUGAUUGAUUUGUUUGACCCGGUUAUCUCAGUAUAAACUCCUCUGUUUACCAAAUUUAAAUAAAUUUUUUUCUUUUUCAAUUCUUAUGUCCGAAGUGGUGAAGUGAAAUAUUUGGCUGUGCCUUUUAACCGCUCUCCUACCUACUGCUACGUGUUUAAUCCCGGUAUUUCAGCUAGACCAUACUGAACGGGACAAACUAUUAUCCUCUUUCCCCCCUCUAUUUCUCCACUGAGAUAUUAGUCGUAAAUCGCAACAAUACCAAGACCAAAGAGCUUGAAGGAAGAAACCAUAACUGUCUUCCCUUAGUGCAUUCUAAUUGCCGAGGAUGAGCGGUCUUAA